AGAGUAUUUUCCUUCUUAGUUAAAAAUAUGGCUGCUACUAGUAGUUACGGAAUUGGCAAGUAACCUUGAUUUCUGUCCUUUAAGAUGGUAGUUGCAAUUUGACAAAAAUGACAAAUUUCCUCUCCUCUUCUACCUAUUGUUAAUUUGUUAUUUACAGAUAUGGAGUCAAGGAGGAGCGCCUUGGAUGAGAGAUCAAGCUACUUCACCCCAAGUGAAAGACUUUGUGCAGUGUUUAAAGGAAUAGUAGAAACUGUGAUCUUUAGUUUUCUUGGUUGUUUUAGUUUCCAGCAUCUGCCUCCUAAGCACCAUUACACCAUCAAUGACCUCAAUCGCAUUUCUAGCACAACUUUAUUUACAGUGAAUGAGGUGGAGGCGUUGCUUGAUUUAUUCAAGAAGUUGAGUAGAUCAAUUAUUGAUGAUGGCCUUCUACACAAGGAAGAGCUCCAGUUGGCCUUGUUAAGAACUCCUGCAGGCAAAAACCUUUUUCUGGACAGGAUAUUUGAUCUUUUUGACGAGAAGAAAAAUGGUGUAAUCGAAUUCGAGGAAUUUGCUCAUGCACUCAAUGUUUUUCAUCCUCGUGCCUCCCUGGAGGAUAAAAUUGACUUUGCAUUUAGGUUGUAUGAUUUGAAAGACACUGGAUAUAUCGAACGGGAAGAAGUGAGUAUCUCUGUGUUGAGACAUGUCCAGAACAUGUAUGGUUUUCAGGUCCGGCUAAUGUUAAAUGCCAUUUUGCAAGAAUCUGACUUGCAGCUUUCGGAGGAAUAUCUUGAAGCAAUCAUUGAUAAGACAUUUGCCGAUGCCGACGCCAACAAGGAUGGUAAAAUUAACAAAGAAGAAUGGAAGGAGUUCGUUAUUCAAAACCCAACCCUUUUGAAGAACAUGACUCUUCCUUAUUUAAUGGACAUCACCACAGUGUUUCCAAGUUUUAUUUUCAACACUGAAGUUGAUGACUGAAACCUUUAGUUACAAUUUUCUUUCAUGCUAAGCCAAAAUAUUGACGGCAAAAUGUCAACAGAAAAGCCAUUCUAAUUCAUCAGAAAUGCUUUUCAGUAGGCAACAGCAGCUGGUCACUUCUUCAAAUUUUAACACUGGUCAUGCAGCCUUUCUUUUCCCUCAUUAUUUUGGUGGGGAUAAUAUUUCAUUAAUUGAGGGUGGGUCUAAUCAAAACACCCCAUCUCUCCCUUGUAUUCUUUCCACAUUGGCAAAUUUUAUAUUAUUCUUCCAUUACAUUAUAUUCCAUACGAAAUUGUAAACAUAAAAAUACAUAUCAGCUAUAGAAUUUGAAGA